GUUGAUACUCCUGAAAAUGUACUACUCCUCUCUCUUAUAUAGACAGUUGUUGCAUUCUUUAGAAGGUUGUGAUUUUAGAGUUUUAGACAUGUAGAUGCAGCAAUGAUCAUCUGAGUGCAGUUAUCGUUUGUGCCCAAAUCAUCGUGAUAGUGACAGGCAGCAGAUAAAAAAAGCACAGCGUCUGUAGGUCAAACAAAUAGAAAUGCUGGCAUAGAGUCUUGUGCAUGAAUGAAGAAAUUGAAAUCUUAAUAAACUAGAAAGGGACGUUCGUAAUCGUAUUCAACCAAACUGCGACUAUAAUAUUGGGCAGCGUCUCGUCGUCGUCCGCACCCGGAUCAGGAACACUGGAUGAGUCACCAUGUUCAGUCGAGCAACGAAGGCAAAACCGGAGAAGUUUUUCGUCGACGACUUGUCGCUAAACCUGGGGCAAGCCACUCAGCGCUACCAAGCGGAGGUUACUCAGGUACGCGAGGCCAUCGCGGAGCGCGGCAAGGCGACGAUUCCAGAUUAUUGGCCGGAGCAUGACGUUUUCAGGUAUAGGAUCAAUCUGCACUUUCGCCUGCUAGUGGUUCCGAUGGCGCGUGCUCUCUAGAGAAUUUUCUAUCGUCGGAAAACCCACGUUUUUUUCGAGGACGGUUAGCACUAGUAACACUGAAAACCGUGAGUAGAUGAAGAAAGCACCUCCGCAUGUAAGUAUGUACUUAUCAAGAUUUUCUCGCACGCCAUUGAUCUCGACGAAUGUUGAUUUGGACGGCGAUGUGAAGAUAGAAGUACUAGAAGGAGCGCGGCCUGCAGGUACUGUGCAGCAAGGUGGGUGACUUCUACAACACUACUAUGAAUGCAGGCGUAUCAAUCUGAAAGUAGCAGUAGAUAUGAUUUUUAGGUUACGCGACAUCGAACGACAGGUUUCUCCGCGCCCGCAAGGGAGACUGGUUGGGUACGCUGGAGAUGCUGGAGAAGCACUUGCUGUGGCGAGAAAAGAUAGGGCUGCCCGAGCUGAGGGAGAGCACACUGGAGCCGCGGUUUCGCGCGAUUUGCCACCAGGGGUACGCAGGGCUUUGUAAGGAGGGAAGGCCCGUUUACGUGGACCACCUUGCGGGCUACGACGUGGAAAAGAUAACCCAGUUGGUGUACACGGAGCUGGAGGUGGAGCAGAUGCUGGCCGUCCAGCAGGAGCACACGCGGCGGCUGAAGUACCUGGCCACUUCCCUGCACACGGGCCGCCCGGUGUACCAGAACACGGUGAUCCUGGAUGUCCGGGGGCGGGGGCUUCGGAUCGUGCUUUCCAAGUUUGUCCGCGAACAGGUAAAACUGAUCUCGCGGAUCGGCAGCAACAACUACCCGGAGGCCUGCGAGCGCAUCAUCAUCGUUGGUCCGCCGCCCGGGUUCGAGACCGCGUGGGGCAUUUUGAAAAAGUUCGUGGACCCCAAAACCGCGGAGAAAGUCGUGCUGAAGAAGAAAGUCGAGGACAUUCACGAGUAUGUAGACCCUAGCCAGCUGCCGCAGUGGCUCGGGGGCAGCAUACCCGACGAGAUCGUCUUCGACGACAAUCACCCACAUCACAUCUGGAACGACCCGGAAUUUUUACAAAAGGUAGAGCUACAAGUCUUUUCUUCGAUUUCCUAUUGCGCGUUCCGGAUCGUCAGGUUUAUUUUCGCCAGAGAAGUAAUUGUCCUGCAGAAUAAUAAAUCUUCUGCACCUGCUUCGUCUACUGCACCAUAGAAUAACAACUAACUUCUCGCAAUGAAGUGACAUCAACAUCACACCCAAAUUUCAACAAAUCACAGGUCGACGAGGUUGGGGUUCGUGCGAUGUGGGAGAGUUUGCACUGCGAAAUGUAUAGCCAGAAUGGCACGGAGCUUCCCCCCGAGCGGCGGCGCAAGAACAGCUCGCGGUUUCGUGGCUUUGUCGGCGCGGCAGCGAAGCAGACCACAAACGCGGUCCUGAUUGCGCCCGCGAAAAAGACCGUGAAGAUCGCGCGGGCCGGGUACACGCACACCAAGCGCGGCAGCAAGAAGCUGAAGAACCUGACGAUGACUACGCUGUCGAAGGCCAGCAGCAGGCAGUCCUCCAAGAGCAAAAAAAGUGAUCCGGGAGGUGCAGCUGGUUCGGCCAACAACAACAACUCGGCGACGAUGGACCGCCACAAUCUGCUGGAGGCGUCGGACAACGGGCGCUUGGAGGAAGGCGAAGUCGUCGUUGCGGACGCCGCGAGGGAAGGCGGAGGUACUGAUAUAAUUGGUAGCCGUGGUUAUGCCCGUGGUGGUACAACGUCUUCUAGGGACGAGGACGCAAGGCUGCGCGAAGAUAUAGACGGCGAUGAUCCUAUCGGGUCCGGCGACGAAAGCGACGAUAGCUUCGCAACGGACGCGGAGAACAUUCUGGUGGACAGCGAGAACGAGCCGGAAGACUCCGGGGACAACGAGGACGAGGACGGGAAGCCGGGGCGAGCGGUGAGUACGGCGACCGUGAGCACCAGCGGCCGGGUGGUGAGCACAGCCUGCGACUCCACGCAGCUCGCCAGCGACGACAGCAGUCCGGAAAGCAUUCUCCGGACCUCCAAUUAUCGUCAGGGCGCUAAUAAUUCGUCCCCCAAGACGAGUGACGCUGCGGAAGUCGCCCUGGUCUCCAUCGAAGAAACCCAAGUGGUCAUAAGCGAGCCGUCUUCAUCAAACACUGGUUUUUUAGGAGCGUUUUUUUCAUGUCAUUGUGCGCGCGUCCAAGUUGUGAGGUAAGUUAGUAGUAUUAACGGCAGGUCGUGGACUAGUCUCUACUGCUUCUACUACCUGUCGGCAGUAUUACUUUUCUCAGGAAUACAACUAGGACAUAGAAUUUUCGAUAUAUCAUGUUCAUCACCAUGUACACCGACGUAUCACAGCAUCCAUUUUCCACAUUUUCGUCGAUCACGCCCACAGAUGGCCACGGCUAUCCAUGGUCCUUGUUGUUUGCUCAUUCACGCAGAUAAUUUGGCACCUACACGACCAUCUCGCAAGGAAGUCCUGCAUAGAAACUUUUUAAAGUUCUGCCUCCAGUAGUUCCUCGCUCAGUUGACCGAGCCCGCUGAGGGCGGCUUCGCAUCGAGACCGUGAUAGGUGGUAGCCUCGUAGUUUGUACGGGAAAAAGGUAAAGG